ACUGCCACUCUCAGUUAUAAAAGCCCAGCCUCCAGACUGCAUCAUGGGGAAGAAGAGUCGAGUGAAAACCCAGAAGUCGGGCACUGCGGGGGCAGCCGCGGUGGCGUCGCCCAAGGAGAUGAUGAGCUUCGUCUCCGAGCUUCUGCAGUUGUGUAGCAGCACAGCGCCCUCCCCAGGUAAGGAGUGGGAGGAGUAUGUUCAGAUCCGCUCCCUGGUGGAGAAGAUCCGCAAGAAGCAGAAGGGCGUGUCGGUGCAGUUUGACGGCAGCAGGGAGGACUUCUUCCCCGAGCUGAUGGCCUGGGCCCAGGAGUGCGGGGCGUCCUGCGAGGGCUUCGAGGUGUCCAGCUUCGGGGGGGAGGGCUACGGCCUGCGGGCCACCCGCGACAUCAAGGCAGAAGAACUCUUCCUGUGGAUCCCCAGGAAGAUGCUGAUGACUGUGGAAUCUGCCAAGAACUCUGUUUUAGGCCCGCUGUACGGCCAGGACCGGAUCCUGCAGGCCAUGGGCAACGUGACGCUGGCCCUCCACCUGCUGUGCGAGCGGGCCAGCCCCUCGUCGCCGUGGCUCCCCUACAUCAAGAGCCUGCCGACGGACUACGACACGCCCCUCUACUACGAGGAGGAGGAGGUGCGCCCCCUGCUGGGCACGCAGGCCGUGCAGGACGUGCUGAGCCAGUACAAGAACACGGCGCGCCAGUACGCCUACUUCUACAAGGUGGUGCAGACUCAUCCGACCGCCAGCAAACUGCCCUUGAAAGACAGCUUCACGUUCGACGACUACAGGUGGGCUGUUUCUUCCGUGAUGACCCGUCAGAACCAGAUCCCCACCGAAGACGGCAGCCGGGUCACCCUGGCCCUCAUCCCGCUCUGGGACAUGUGCAACCACACCAACGGGCUGAUCACAACUGGCUACAACUUGGAGGAUGACCGCUGUGAAUGUGUGGCCCUGCAGGAUUAUAAGGAGAAUGAACAGAUCUACAUCUUCUACGGCACGAGGUCCAACGCCGAGUUCGUGGUGCACAGCGGCUUCUUCUUCCAGGACAACGCGCACGACCGGGUGAAGAUCAAGCUGGGCGUGAGCAAGAGCGAGCGGCUGUACGCCAUGAAGGCCGAGGUGCUGGCGCGUGCCGGCAUCGCAGCGUGAGUCGGCCUUUCAUCACACUGUGGGUUGUUUUCUCAAACGGCAACCGGAGGUAGCCUCAGAGCUGCGCCCGAGACCGUCCCGCGACCCAGAGGGUCUUUGACCAAACAGUGAUCCCAUAACCCAUUUUCGUUCAGCUACACUGGCCUAAUCUGGAGACAUAAGAGGCAGAGCAAUACUUAAAUCCUUCUCUAACUUCAUUGCAAACAAGUGACCGCCGUUGUAUGUGCUGUACGUGUUGCCUGUGUUGACCUGCUUUUAGAUAGAUCAAAAUGUGCCUGAACAGAGACGGUGGACUGAUUGUAUUCACGGCCAGCCUCAGAUGUGAGGUGCGCCCAGUGCCCCCAUUAUGGGCUGGAGGAGAGGAUCAGGCACACAAACUUCACUUUUUCUUCCGCCUUUUGGCUUUCGCUUCAUUGCCACUGUAAAUAUUAAAACAAUUAGGUCCCCCCCUUGGGUAUAAUUGAAACAUAUAAUAUAAACGUUGCAGCAGACUCCCCCAUCCCCCCUAUCCCUUCCCCCUUGCCCUACUCUUUUCCUCCGCCCCACCAAGUAUCAAUUUACCAUCCACGCUUUCAUCACCAAGCUGCUUAAUCAUUUUAUCAUUACCACCCCUCCGCUCACCCCCUAGAAUUAUGCAGCCCGUCCCUCCCCAGCAUUUUUAAUCUGCGCCUUUUUAAUCUCUUAUUGAUGAUGGGCUAAAUCUCGACAGUGGAAAUUAAAUGGAACAAUCCCCGUAGUUGGCGGGCGGCUCCAUUAAACUGACAGAUAUGGUGAUGUAUCGUUCCUGUUGUCAGAGCUCUUUUUAUUUUUUUUUACCAAUGGAGAAUGGGAGGCUGCUUCGUUGUCAGUCUUCUGGGGCGAGGAGGGACUCCUCUUGGAUGCGUUUAAAAUGCACUCCUCGCCCCUUUUUAAAUGCUCGAUGUUCAGGCUCGGACCCAGUCACAAACACAUCUUUGCGUUCCCUUCUUGCCGUUCUGAGCCAAGGCGUGGAGGGUGAAUGUAACAGUGAAUGUCUCCACCCCUCCACAAUGUGUUUUAAUUGGAAUCCGACAAUUUUCUUGUAUACUUUUUUGAUUCUGUUAGAGUAUUGUCUGCUGGAUUCUCCUGCCACAAUCAACACAGAAGGCUAAUUUAAUAACGUUGGACAAGGCAGCCAGUGUAACGUAUUUUUACUGUUUCCUGUGGUUUCUGGGAUGUGCUGGGGUCUUGGGA